CUAUAAAACCUUCGUUUCCAUCCUCACUCAUUUAGCAACUUUCAAUUUCUCUUAUUUUAAUUCUCUUCGCUUGAGAGUUAGUGAUGGAGACUUUUCUCUUCACCUCUGAAUCUGUCAAUGAAGGGCACCCUGAUAAGCUUUGUGAUCAAGUUUCUGAUGCAAUCCUAGAUGCUUGUCUGGAAAAAGACCCUGAAAGUAAAGUUGCCUGUGAAACCUGUACCAAGACAAAUAUGGUUAUGGUCUUUGGUGAGAUCACCACCAAGGCCAAGGUGGAUUAUGAGAAGAUUGUUCGUGACACCUGCAGAGGUAUUGGAUUUGUAUGUGCUGAUGUUGGUCUUGAUGCUGAUAAGUGUAAGGUACUUGUUAAUAUUGAAGAACAGAGCCCUGAAAUUGCUGAAGUUGUUCAUGGCCACCUAAGCAAGAGGCCUGAGGAAAUUGGUGCUGGUGACCAAGGUCACAUGUUUGGAUAUGCAACUGAUGAAACACCCGAGCUAAUGCCACUGACUCAUGUUCUUGCUACCAAACUUGGAGUCAAACUUACUGAGGUGAGAAAGAAUAAAACUUGCCCAUGGCUUAGGCCUGAUGGGAAAACCCAAGUGACUGUUGAGUAUCAGAAUGAAGGUGGAGCCAUGGUACCACUGAGGGUGCAUACUAUCCUCAUUUCAACUCAACAUGACGAAACUGUUACCAAUGAGCAGAUUGCAGCGGACCUCAAGGAGCAUGUGAUUAAGCCUGUGAUUCCAGCUCAAUACCUUGAUGACAAGACAAUAUUCCACCUUAACCCAUCAGGUCGUUUUGUCAUUGGUGGACCACACGGGGAUGCAGGGCUUACUGGUAGGAAGAUCAUCAUUGACACUUAUGGUGGCUGGGGUGCUCAUGGUGGUGGUGCCUUCUCAGGCAAGGAUCCUACCAAGGUGGAUCGCAGUGGUGCUUAUGUAGUCAGGCAGGCUGCAAAGAGUGUGGUCGCAUCGGGCCUUGCACGGCGUUGUAUUGUGCAGGUUUCUUAUGCAAUUGGUGUGCCAGAGCCGUUGUCUGUGUUUGUGGACACUUAUGGUACAGGAAAGAUUCCAGAUAAGGAUAUAUUGGCUCUGAUUAAGGAGAACUUUGAUUUCAGGCCAGGGAUGAUCUCAAUCAAUCUUGAUCUGAAGAGGGGAGGUAACUUCAGGUAUCAGAAGACUGCUGCCUACGGGCAUUUUGGCCGUGAUGACCCAGAUUUCACAUGGGAGACUGUGAAGCUUCUCAAGCCUGGCAACGCUUGAGAAGCAUUUACUUUUUUGGGGUUUAAAUUCUAUGACCUUUCUGGGCCGUAACUGAGUAAUGAUUAGUGGUUAGUUGCAGCUGAAGUUAAGGUUUAUAAAGGCCACAGUGUAUUAGGGAUUUGUUAAUCUUUUGCAAUUAGUUCUUAUCUUGGGAGAAAUAACAGUUCCUGACAUGCUAGUUCUCUUUUCCUUUGCUUAUAUAUAUUUUACAUUUUAUUUGAGAA